AAAUGUCCCCUUUUCCGGGUGCAUCCGCGGUAGCUGGUGGGGCUCUGGGGGUGUCUUGCGUGGCUGGAUUGCGAACAAGUGGGUGUGCUGAGAUUUCUGCAGGUGGAGGGAGAAAAACACCCUGAAAUCCCAGGGUAAACAGGCUUCGAGGGUGGCUUUUGGGGUAUCCCAGGGUGAUCUCUGCAGGGUGAGUGGAGAGUAUUGGAGGGGAGCAAUAUGGUGGCAAAAGUUGGCUCAUGCCAGAUCGCACUUCCGGGUUCUUCACACUCUCAGUCAGUGUCUCAAAGGGUGUUUCAUUGCUGGAAAGCAGUGUCGUUGUUGGGUGAUGUGGUCUCGUGGUUUGUGUCUGCUUUUCAUGAUUUACCCUCUGCGCUAAGCGUAUAAAAAAUGCCCAGUGGAUGGCCAGGAGUGCGCUGAAAGUGAGGGCGAGAACCAGAAUCAGUGUGGCACAAGAGAGACAGAGUGAAUAGGAGGACAAGCGAGCAAGAUAGUUUCUAAGAUAUAGUUGGUUAGAUUGAAUUUGUGUAAUUGUACGCGGUGGCGAGAGAGAGGAGAGAGAAUAGGGCAGUUUUUUUUAUACACAGAAUAAUCCAUCCCAAGAGCACCCGAGUUAUUAAUAAUAGUGAUAAGUCCGGUGAUAGACGAUAGUUUAGAGAAGGCUGGAAAGAGAGAAAGAGCCAGAGCGAGAGAGAGAGAGAGAGAGUUUCGUGUCUGUGUGUGAAAAAUCUCUGUGAAACAAAUUGGACGAUGCAGGGUGUGACGGAAUGAGAUGGAAGCGGCUGUUCGACUAGUGCAAGGUGGUGGCCCAAAUGGGCAGCGGAUUGACACGACGGGCGGCCAGGGUGGGCAGCAGCAGCCGAAUGCACUGACACAUCAGGUGCGGUCAGUGCCGCCACCGGGAACGCCGUCGGGGGUGGCGCAGGUGCGCCCCAUGGACAUCCAGGCGGGCUACGUGGGGAAGCUGCAGGCACCCAUGCAGAAGGUCAGCCGCUCGAGUCCAAUGUCGCCGCCGCGGACUGUCGCCACCACGUACUACACGGGCACGGUGGUGCGCGAUCCGGGGGCGCGGUACAGCCAGCAGAUCCCCUACAGGCAGGUGGGUCAAUACAGAGAGACUCCCUACAAAAUGCCAGCCAAUGUGCACCAGAUGGACUACCAUCGUCUCGUGUCGAAUGUGUCCUCGGCGACAAACAGCUUGAUGGUGGGCGGCGGUGGGAGUGCCGGGCCGGCCAUGCACGAGGCGCCACCGCCUGGAAUUGUGGAGAAUCGCCAGCGAAUCUCACUACUGCCGUAUGGAGCCGGGAGUUUUAUGCCUUCGGCGCAGACGCGUCAGAUCCCAGCAGCGCCUGAGCAUGAGUUGGACGGGCAGCCGGGCAUCAAGAGGAUCUGCCUGGGUGAUGGCCAAGGUAUGCUGAAGAUUGAGGAGCAAGAUCAAGGGUCUGGCUAUCAGCCGCGAAUCAAGAGAAUUUGUGUGGAUGAGACGACAGGAAUGCUGAAGGUUGAGGAUCCGGAGGCGCAGUCGGCGGGAUAUUUGAAGAGGAUUCGCUUGGGUGAGGCGCCGGGCAUGCUGAAGAUUGAGGUGCCAGACGCUCCACCAGCAGCGGGAGCUUAUCAUCCUCAAGUGGAGGCGAUCUCACCCACACCCGAUUCCGCCGAGGAGUUGCGCGCCACGAAGGACGACUUGCUGCAGCAGAUCUCGAAGGUGGACAGUGAGAUUGGGAAGGUGGAGAAGUCGAUUGAGUCGCUGAAGAAGAAAGAGGCAUCGCUCCAGGAGGCGUCAGCCAAGCCACCCGCCACAGAGGAGACGUCCGAGACGCUGCCGAAGCACCGCAGCUUGGCGCAGAAGAUCUAUGCGGAGAACAAGAGGAAGGCUUCCCUGGCGCACGCAAUGCUGACUAGUCUGGGUCCGCCCAUUGAUCUGCCGCUGUACAAUCAGCCGUCCGAUGUGGAGGCGUGCCGGGAUGUUAUUCAGCGGAAUGUGGCCUUUAAGCCGAAGCUCCUGCUGCACUGUCAGAAGAUCAAGUCGGAGAAGUCGGCACGGAGCGUGGCAUUUGCUGAGUGCUACUUCCAGAAGUCGCAGGAGUGGCUGAGGCGGGUGGAGAAGACCGAGGGCAGCGCCAAGCGGAAGACGAAGGAGGCGAAGAAUCGUGAGUUCUUUGAGAAAGUGUUCCCGGAACUGCGAAAACAGCGCGAAGAUAAGGAGAGAUUCAAUCGUGUGGGUUCGCGAAUAAAGUCUGAGGCUGAUUUGGAAGAGAUUAUGGAUGGUCUUCAAGAGCAGGCAAUGGAGGACAAGAAGAUGCGCUCUUAUGCUGUAAUACCACCACUCAUGCUCGAUGCGCACCAGAAGAAGUACUUCUUCAUAAAUGAAAACGGCGCUAUGGCUGACAUGGAGGCUGAUUUCAAGGAUCGUCAACACUUGAAUCUGUGGACGACUGGUGAGAAGGAGAUGUUUAAGGAGAAAUUUCUGCAACAUCCCAAGAACUUUGGGGCAAUUGCAGCCAGUUUAGAUCGAAAAACUGCACAGGACUGUGUUAGAUAUUACUACUUGAGUAAGAAGACGGACAACUACAAGCAGUUGCUGAGAAAGGCACGUCAGAGGACGAGAAGUUCGAAGAAUCCUCAAAAGUCGACAAUAAAUCAGUCUCAAUGUAUUAUUGAUGCACUAACAACUGGCGUGACGACAAGAUUGCAGCGCGAACAGCAGCAGAAGAUUGGCGGCCGUGAUCGCUCCACGGCAACAUCAACGGCCAGCAGUCAAAAUAGCGCAGCGGCAAACACUUCAACCGCUAGUGGCGCAGCCACUCCAGUGUCCGCGGCCAGCAGUAGUGCGUCCGCGCCGGCCAAUGUGGCUGUGGUCGGCCAGACGCCAGUGAACAGCCUGGCGGCGUCGAGUAGCGGCCAAGAGUGUGGCACCAGUGAACAUGAGACGAGCCAGUCUUUUCUCACGCAGACCACGAGUCAAGUGACCACGACGACAGCCGGCCAGAAUCAUGUGGAACCGAGCGAGAGUGGCGGACAGAAUCACCAGCAGUCGGAGGCUUUUUCCGGCACGCCAAGCGACGCGUCGGCCAACGAACAAAACACCAGUCAAAAUUAUGGUGCAAUUGACAGUAUCUCAGUGCCUCUCCAUCAAAUGGAGUCACAUGCGACGACUAAGAAGGACUUGAGCAUCACACUGGAAAGAACUGGUAAAGAUGACUCAACGGAAAUCAUUGCAGUGGAUAAAGAUGUCCUCCAGUUCUGCUUCGUGUGCAAGGCGUCGCUGUGCUCUCGGAGUCGGCCGCUGGAGAAGAGCCGGUGCAAGCAGUAUGGCAUCCCAGAGGCGAGUCUCGUGGCCGGAGCGCGUGUUUGCAACACGUGCCAGUGCAAGUCGCUGCGCUCCAAGUACUCCAGCUGUCCACUGCCGACAUGUCCCAAUGCGAAGGAUCGCGUGAAGCGCUUCAGGAAUCUGCCGACGCGUCUGUUUGAUCUGGCGCCAGAGAUUCGUGAUGCAAUUGUGGCGGAAUUCCAGAUUCCGCCGGGCGUGCAGAAGUGCUGCUCGGCUUGCUUGAUCAGGAUCAGGCGAAAGUUGGCGCCACACAUUCAGACGGCGGUGUUCACGGAUGAGGAGGUGGGGCGGCUCAAGGGGGCGCUUGGCGAGUGGGGUCACAACUGGCAGAAGCUAGAAGAGGUGAUGGGCAAGCCCGCGGCCACGGUGAGGAUGUUCUACUCGGUGAACAGGAAGAAAUGUGGUCUGGAGGAGGCGGUGGCGGAGUACUACAAGAAAAAUCCGGGCGAGAUGAGGGAGAUGCAGGGCGAACUCUCGGAUGUGGACGAGUCGGACUUCAGCACGUCGUCGUGCGAUGAAAGAGAGGCAAAUAGUGACACGGCGUCGGCUGAGAGUCCGCCGACAAAUGCAGCGCCUGGGCAAAUGCCAUCAGUGGGAGUUGUUCCCACCGGGAAAUUAUCUCUCGAGGUGGACGCAAUGGCAGCUGGUCAGAUGGGGAUGGUGAAGAAGUCAGAGGAGGAACGCCUGCCGCAGCCAGAGCCGGCGAAGCGUCACUCGAUGAAAAGUGUGGAGGAGUGUGAUUCGUCGGCCACGGAGACGGCGGAUGAGGAGAAUGAGUUGUCACCAGCCAACAGACAGAGUCCCAAAGUGCUGUUGUAUCCCAAUCAGACGACCAUCACGAUGCUGCCAUUCUCUGGCCAAAAUGGACCGCGUGAUGUCUCUUCGCCGCCGCAGAAUGUUCGCGAUGUGGUGCUGAAUGUGAUUGAGAGGAGUUUGAAGACUUCUGGGCCGCAAUUGACGACACCGGCGAAGGUGGGCAUCAUCAAGACGCCAUUUGCCAUGGAGCCGCGGCCGGAGUUGUACAUGCGUGAAGUGAAGGAGCCUCCGCAUCCGUCCGACACGCUGGCAACGAUUUCCGUACUGAAUAGCCAGAAUCGCGCACUGAUGGCUGGUCAGCAGCCGCCACAGCAUCAUCCGGGCGUGUCUCAGGCGGCAGCCGGACAGUUUGCGGCAACAAUUACACCAGUUCCGCUCACAAAAGUGAUGUCACCGGCCACGGCGGAGAUGCAGAAGGACACGAUGAAGAUGUACGCGGCGAUGCGAACUGAGCCGGAGCCACAAACGCUGGAUUUGAGCGUGAAGAAGCAACAGACGAGGGAAAUGGUGCCGUCGGCAAAGAAUCCACCGCCUACACAGCAACAGAUGGCCAACAAUGUGGUGGCAAUGCUGAGAACGGAUGCUGGGACGACGCAGAUGAGUCUGCCGCAGCAGACAGUGUCGCCGAAUCACAUCUACCAGACACACCAAGGAUAUCAUCAGCAACAAGGGCCAGGCGGUCGAUCGGCCAAGUCACCAUCCGUGUUUGUGCCCAUUUCCGUGGGGCAGCAGCAGAUGUAUCAUCAGGUGCCGGCGACCAGAGCCACUCCUGUCACGGCCGCCACGAUGAUGAAGAGCAAGAUGAGUCCCAAGCCAACAAUGCAGCAACCGCCGCCCCACACGUCGGCGAAUCCCAAGGGUUCCAUCACGCACGGCACGCCUGUGAGUUCCGUGAGCCAACCGGCCACUUUCCUGCUCCAGGCGCCGCCCAAUGCGUCGCCUCGCUUUGAUGCAGCCGCACAGCCGGCGCCUGAGAAGAUUGGGAGUAUCACGCAGGGCACACCGGUGCACAUGCCGCCCCAUCAUCUCAAUGACAAGCACCGCGUGUAUGAGUACUACAAGAACAGCCGACAGAGUCCGGCGCAGCCACCACCGCCGCCUCCACAGAGCAGUCCGCAGGCGAACUACACUCCCUAUGCGCGCUCCUUCGGCAUGGAUCAGCAGCAGCUUAGCUCGCGACAGAUCAUUGUGAAUGACUAUUUCACGUCGCAACAGAUGCACGGACAGUCGCGCGGUGCAAGAUCGGCUCAGCCGACGUCCGAGAAAGAUGCACAUUCGCCGCGAAAUGUGGCCACGAUCAAUGCUGGAUCUGUGGCGAUGUACUACGAUAAGGAGCGUCAGCGCAGUGAUUACAUGAGCAGAUCUUCGCCGGCGGACAAUACGAAUAGUCUCAAUCGAUCGCUGAAAACACCGCCGCCGCCCCAGCGUCAGGGCGUGAUUCAGCGCCACAAUACUUCGGGCUCGAAACCUUCGAGUCCGGCACCGAAUCGACUGCACGUGAUGCAGCAUCACUACCCGCCGCCAGGUGAGCGAAUGGCUGGAGCAGUGAAGGAGCGCGAGCGUGCUCUAACCGGUGCCACUCUUGCAGGGCACGAGGCGUUCUCGUCGCUCGUGGAUGUGGCUGUGCAGCAGCCACUGUUGCCCGUGCCGCAGGACAAACGCCCACCCACUUUCCAGGGCAGUCCUGCCACGCAUCACGACAUCCGCCUCCACCACAUGGCUUUCCAGUUGCACCAGCAUCAGCAAUUCCAACAGCUGCAGCAGCUCGAGAAGUUGGAGUCGCAAAAGAGACACGCAUCGCACAUGCCUGGAGGGACAUUUGAGGAGAUGCAAUUCGAGAGGGAACGUCGAGAGGAUCACUUUUCGGGACGUGACAGUCAUCCGGGUGCGCAUGAGAUGAUGGAGCGACAUGGACACCAUGAGCGUGAGCUUCACUCUGACCACGAGCGCUUGAUGGAGCGCGAUGCGAUGCUGGCGAGUGCGAAUGAAGAGAGAGCGGCGGCUCUGCACAAUGCCGAAAUGGAGAAGGCUGCUGUGGAGCAAGAGCAACAGAGGCGUCUGGCCAUGGCGCAAUCGACAUCUUAUGAACCACCAAAAGUCACUGCUCGACAGAUUCUGGACCGUGAUCGCGAGAGAACGGAACGAUCCUUGGGACCGCCGAGAUCGACAGAUGGAACACUGACUGCGGCCAAUUUGAUUGACGCUAUCAUCACGCAUCAGAUCAACCAGAGUGCAUCGGAACCACCGCCGGUGUCCGUCAGUAGAGCUCUCCACAAGACAGCUUUCUUUGCUGGACGUGAUCUGCACGGUGGCUCUGUGUAUGAGAACAGCGGCAGCUCUGGCAGUUCUGGAGGCGGCAGUGGAAGCGCCGGCAGCGGCUCGAGUGGCUCCCAGGCGGCGAAUGUGAUAAAGAUAGGCUUCGACAAUGAGCCAGACACGCGAAUGCCGUCUGCCGGGCCAGUGAUGACGAAGAACAUCACGAUUGGACAGCUCACAGACUCCAUCAUUCAGAAGGACUUCGGGCCGAAUCCCUUCCAUCCGCUGCGGCAGACGCAGUUCAUGCAGUAUCCGUCGGCGGACGUGCUGUUGGCGGAUCAGUGGGGCAGACGGCUGAGUGGGAAGGAGGGCGUCGUGACGGUGGACAGACUGAAGAAGGCGGCCGCGGAGGAGAUGAAGAAGGAAGAGGGCAAGGUUGGCGACAAGGAUGACGGUGCUGAGGAUGUGAGACAAGUGAGCGGCAUGAGAAUGACAGCGCCGAGUCCCAAUCAUGCGGCCGCACUCAAGUCCACGGCCGUGACUGUGUCGGAGGCGUCGCCAGAGCCGAGCGGGGCGUUUUAUCACUUGAACGACUCAGAUCGGCGGCAGCACGGCGCCAUUCCCGCCCAUCAGACUCAAUUUGCGCUGGAUUGCUAUGUGAAGAACAGGAUUGUGGAGGCGAUGCGCACGGAGGACGAGAAGCGGAGUGACACGAUGGAGCGCGAGCGUGAGCUGCGCGAGAUGGUGCACAUGAAGCAGGCGGCGGCGGCAGCGGCAGCGGCGGCGGCAGCGUACGGAAAGAUGGAGGUCGUGGUGGAGAAGACGGCGGCGAGCGACGCGGCGGGCGAUGAGGCGACGUCAGCUGGUGUGAUGAUGAAGCAGCAGAGCUUCGUCCCGGCGACGUCGGUGACGAGCUUCUCCGCCAGCGCCUAUCCGUAUCCCUUCAGCGCCCUAAACGUUGUGGCCCAGGCACCGCCCACGAGCAUCGCCGCGGUGGCCAUUGCGAAGAGCAGCGAGGAGAGCCGACCGCCACCGCCGGAGCCGAAGCCGCUGCUCUCGGCGCAAUACGAGGAGCUGAGCGAUGAGGAGUAGGCCUGCAUUUCGGAUCACGUGAGCAUUGAGAUUACUAUGAUUUCUUCAUCUCCACUCUUCUGACAGUCUGUCCUCUGCCUCUCUCUCUCUCUCGCCCUCUCUCUCCCUCUCGCGCUGUGUUUAAGAGGGAGUCUUGUAAUUUUCCCUUUCCCCACUCUUGAGCCCUUCGUUUCGCUUUUUAUAUAAAUAUAUUAUAUAUACAGAUAUACAGUAAAUUAUGUAUAAAAUAACAAUGAGAGGAGAAUGUUGUAUUUAAUAAGGAUAAGUCGAGGCGUCGAGAGAGAGAGAGAGAGAAAGAGAGUGGAGUGGGGAGAGGGGAAGGCGAGAGUUGUGUGAGUGAAGAGUGGAGAUCAUUUUUUGUUUAUCUUUUAAAAUAUAAUAAAAUAUAGAUAACUACCUUUUCACCGUGAAAAGUGCAUAUAAAAAUAAAAUAGAUAAUGAGCGUGUGAUUCACACUGAUCCACACACACACACACCCACACAGAGUAAGAAAAUAUACACCCUGAAGGAAAGAAUAAAAGAAAAAAACACACUCAGAAUGAAUGUAAAACACGUCUUUUGUAUGACAGAAAGAGUUAGCAGAAAAGAAAAAGAGGGAGAAAGAUAAAAUAUUAACUAUUUAGUAAGUGAAAUAAUAUUGCGUGAGGGAUGAAGCGCGAGGCGAUGUUAUCAAUCCAUAUGUUUUUUGUUUCUUCUCUAUGAUAAAGAAAAAUCUAUUCUUUGUUUUUGAAAGAUGACUAUGAAGAAAUAAGCAUGCAAACCAUAUUUUGUGUUGACAAGAGAGAGAGAGAAACAUUAGUGCGAUUUUUGUUCCCUCACGAGAGACACAGAGAAAACU